AUGGACGACUUUUGUGUGUGCGUGUCUGUCUGAAAAGACAUUUUCCCGGCGCCAAAAAGACAUCCGGUACCAAGCGAAAAAGUGUUCGGUCUAAGGAGAAGGCGAGUUGACAAAGGAAAACGCGAAAGUACGUUUGUUUUGGCCGUCCGGUUGGCUGCGGCUCGGCAGAAGAGGACGAGGAGGAUGGGCGAGCAGUUCAAGCUGACCGGUUCAGGAGCAAGACCGAAAGUGGACCCAGAUUUGUCGACUUUUGAUACCCUCGAACUGAACUCGAACCUCCGAAUCCCGCGGAUCAGGUCAUCUGCCAGGCACGAGUUCCGACUUGCCUCCCAAAAGAGAUGCGCUUGUGUGUGUAUUGGCCGGAUUGCAGAGGACAGAUUGCACUAA